AUGCUACUCAACAAAGGUGUUGAUAGCAACUCCGAAGGUGGAAAGUACGGCAAUGCACUUGAGGCAGCCUCUAGAGGAGGCCAUGAGACAAUUUUGCAAAUCUUGCUGAACUGGCGCUUCGAUCAGCUCGCAGAAGAUGAAAUGAGUAAUGCGUUCACUGAAUCCCAUGAUUCAGGUUAUAGCUCUCUUGGGCCUCUGCUCAGAUGCGAAAAGCACGUUUCUCACGAGCAAGUCAACGCGCUGGACAGGGACGAAGAUGCCCAGUCCAAUUUGACAGUCCAGACCGAUAUUCAGUCAUCUGCUGAAUCACAGACAUUUUCCAAUAUCAAAGAAACUGCCGCUCGUGAGGUUAAGCAGUCCUUCCUUGGGAUUAGCGACAUAUCCCGGGCUCUACGAAGAAGGUCUUAG